AUGGUUCUUCACUUUUUAAUAAGCGACGAAUAUAUCAAGACAAUCGCAAAACAGCGACCCAAUCUACGUCGAUCACGAGGUAUCAGUUGUGAACACUAUAACGAUUGCAAUCAUAUUCGCACGAAGGUGACGGCUCAGCGUAAUUUCAAACCAUUACCGUUUGGUGUUGCUUAUGCGAGGGUUGUUUACGAGAAUUACGAUGUUAUGAUGAAAUCUGUUUAUGAGACGGUCUCCAUAUUAGAGGCAAUGGAUGGGACGAAUGACAUACUUGUGAAGGAAUGUGAGCCAGAACGAUGGGAUCAUUCGACAAAAUGGGAUACACGAUCACUAGGCCUUUUCCGUGAUGGUACGUCGCAAAAUGCUUUGGCAAAAAUGUCUACCUUGACAAGGGAUACUGUGGACUGGAUGCUGAACACCGUGAAGCUUACAAAACUAAUAAAUCAGCUCAAUACUAAUAAGCACGCGGUCGACGAAAUUCUAUUGGCCUCUCUGGCGGCUACUGCCCAGCUCGAAAUGCCCGGCAGAUCUUCAACGUCCUGCCUGAAAGCAAACAGGGAAAGCGAUCCCACCCCCUAUUUCACAAGGUGUGUAACAUUGAUUUAG